AUGGCUAUGCUGGAAGACCUCAAGUUCUUUGAUGAACGCUUGGAGGACCAGUUCGAGGAGGAGCUGCGGGUCCGCAAGCGCCAAGCUGUGCGCGGCUUUGGCACCUUCCGCUUCUGGCUGCUUGUCGGUGUCACUUUGAGGGUUUGGCAGUGGGUGGCCCUGGCUGCUGACGUGAUGCAGGCCGCAAUAGGAUGCCUCAAUCACGUACACAUGGCGCCAUCCCACGAGGGCAUCCGCCCCGUUGGGUCGCUAAUGUACCUGUCGUACGGCAGCACCGCCAUGUGGAUCUGGAUGUACACAACCUUCAGCUUCCUGCCCUUCUGGCUGGAGCUGGUCAAGGCAGCGGCGGUGGCAGUGGUGCUGCUGGCCUUCAACGACAGGCUGUGCCGCGACAGCCCCGGCCUCAGGCAGGCCUACGCCACGAUAGACGCGCUGGCGCAGCUUGCGCUGCGGCGUUGGCUGCCGGCAUUUUUCUCCGCGGCCACCGACGUGGCAUCGCCUCCGCACCACCUGUGCGUGCAGUACCAGAUGCACGUGGUGCUGCUGGCGUUUCUGGCCAGCACCUGGGCCGUGUACCGCACCGAGAGGCGCAUGCGCCUUGAGUUCCUCCUCCGCUUUGCCGAGCAGGAGAACCAGCAGCCGGGGCCAGCCAGGCGCAGCGGCAGCCAGCUGGAGCUGGCAGCGGCAGGUGUGGCGGCAGCGGCCGAGGAGGCUGACGCGGGGCCAUCAGCUGUAUCAGACUUGGACUUUUUGGUGGGCUUUGGCAUCCCGGCGGCGCUGGGCGUGCUCAUGAUGUUUGCCAUGGAUCAUGGCUUUGCGACUUGA